AUAUACGUGUAAACAUCACUUUUUCAGAGUUAAGGUUUUUUAGCUUAGCAGGAUUUUAAUUUUAAUUUUAUCAUAAUAUUGAUGAGGAUGAGCUUCAAAUAUUUUUAGUGAAUCUAUAUGAAAUGGCAGCCGAGAGUAAAUCAUUAUUACAAUUGAUAUUUCCUACUGGUUUCCCAGAGGAAUGGAAUUAUAAUGUGAAAUUGGAUGAGUAUGUGAAAAAACUGGGUGGACUAAAGGUUGAAGACCUUUGCAAAGAAGUCAAUGAUUUGCAACAUCAAAGGAAAUCUAUUCUUGAACAUACUCAAGAAUUGGCUGUCUGUAAUUAUAAAACGUUUAUUGAAACUGCAGAAUGUUCAAGAAAAAUGUUCAUUCAGUUCAAUGCUAUAGAUGAAAAGCUAAAUGACUUAUUGAAAGACUUACCAAAUUUCGAGACCAAAUAUGAGAAAUUUGCAGUAGAAAGCAGUGGGAUCAACUCUUUAAGAAAAUUAAAUUCCCUUACAUUAACUAAAAAUGCACAGUUGUUGGGCAUUCUAGAAUUACCGCAAUUAAUGCAUUCUUUUAUUGAUGAUGGUUUAUAUGAUGAUGCUUUAGAGCUUACUAGCUAUGUUAGAAAAUUAUACGCUAAGCACCCAGAUAUUAAUAUCUUCAAGAAUGUCAUGGAAGAUGUUGAAAAAGCAUGGUAUUCAAUGCUACAUCAGCUUUUAAAUCAACUCCGUCAUGAGUUAACACUAUCAAAAUGCUUACAAAUUGUGGGACAUCUCAGGCGAAUGGAUGUUUUUUCAGAGACAGAAUUACGCUUGAAAUUUCUUCAAACGAGAAAUCAUUAUCUACAAAAUUGUCUCAAAGUUAUACCUAAUAACGAUGUUGAUCAUCAUUUGAAUAAGGUAAUCGAAAUAACCAGGGUGAAUUUAUUCAACAUUGUAACACAAUAUAGAGCUAUUUUUGAUGAUGAGGAUCAGAAUCCGCUUGAAAUUUUGAAGUCAAACCAUGUGAAUCAUAAUGUGAUAUUUUUUUCAUGGAUAAGCGAAAAGAUUAGUGAAUUCCUCACUACAUUAGAGGAUGAUUUGAAUAAGGGAGUUUCAUCAAUUGAUUCUGUUCUUGGGCAAUGUAUGUAUUUUGGUCUGUCCUUCAGCAAGGUGGGGUGUGAUUUUAGAGCACUUCUAGUACCCAUUUUCACCAGGAGGAUUGGAAACGAUUUUCAAGAUAUGGUUCACAAAGCGACCAAUAAUUUCGAACAAAAUAUAGAAAAAUUCACCUUGAUCAAUAAAAAUCAUCCGAAUGUACCAUGGAAAACAAAAAUUGAAGAUCCUCUACAGCCUCCAGACAGUUUACUGGAAUUCUACCCGCUGGCCGAAUACUUGAACAACAUUCUGAAUGCUUUCAAUAAAUUAAAAUUAUGCGCUCCAAUGUCACUUAUUGAUAGUAUUACCAAAGUACUGCAAGAAUCUUUACAUUCCAUUGCAAAAUCUAUUUUAAAGCUCUACAGUCAAGAACAGCAAGCGUUCAGUCCAGGAUCUAAAGACGCUUUUACGAGGCUCUGUAUGGCAUUUGCAGAUGACUUGAUUCCAUUCCUGCAGAAAUGUCUACAUGUUAUUUAUCCGCCAACAAAUACAACUUCCCAUUUAGGAAUCAAUCUUCAAAUGGUUCAAAAAGAAGGAAUUUCAUUUCUGGAUAAGAGCUAUAUUAUUGCAUGUAUAAAACACUUGUUACCUGUAAGGCUAGAGACAAAUUUGAUAAUUGAAUCGAAAAAUGUAAAAUCUGUCGAAGAUGAUAAUUCAAAAAGUGAGCUUAAAAGUGAGAAACCCAACGAAGAUAUUUCAAGUAAUAGUGAUGUGAAUGGACAAGAGUCUGUAUUGCAGGAAGAGAAUAAAGUUGAACCAAUUGCAGAAAAUGAGAGAAUUGUACCAUAAUACUACAUAUUGAAUAAAAAGUACAGAAAUGAA